CCACUUUGGGAGAUAGUGGUAAAAGCAGUGUUCUAUGGUAUCGUGAUUAUUUUAUCGCUUAUUGGAAAUACGUUGGUUAUUUUGGUGAUAUUUCGGCAUAGAUGGAUGAGAACGACUACAAACUACUAUCUGGUCAAUUUGGCAGUAGCAGAUUUGAUGGUGACCGUUUCAUGUACAUGGGUACACUUAGUUGAUGAUGUCACAGAAGGAUGGGUACUAGGAUCAUUUUUCUGUACUUUCAACUCAUUU